AUGUGGAACUUCUACGAGAGGCCUUUCCAAACACCGCCCGCCCAGCGGUACGGUUACCCCCAAGACUCGCAAGUCUGCGCGACAUCAACCCCGGAUGUCCUCAUCGUGGUGCACAGCGAGGCGAAUAACUUUUACGACAGGCUGAUGAUCAGAUUCACGUGGGCUGCUCCUAGGUACAGAACCAUAAACGGCAUACACUUCAGAACAGUUUUCUUCUUAGGCGUUCCAGGUGAACUUUCAUGGAAGUGGAAUUCCAGUGGUACACAUAGUUCCCACAUGACGUCAGAUUUACUCAACUUGGGAAUUAAACGCCGGGACAGAGCAGGAGUUAUUGCUAAGAUCAAAGAGGAAAGUAAACAAUAUGGAGACAUUGUACAAGGCAAUUUUACAGAAGCGUACAGAAAUUUGACUAUCAAAAACAUCAUGGUAAUGAACUGGGUCCUGUCUCGCUGCCCUAAGAUACAAUACAUCUUAAAAGUAGACACUGAUGUAGUGGUGAACCUGCACAACGUCGUUCGCUUCAUACAGCACAGGUCACAUAACAACACAGGCUUGCUGUUAUGUUCACAGAUGAAGGCGAAACCGGCAAUAAGGAGCACAUCUAGUAAAUGGUACGUCACAGAGAAUGAGUACCCUUUUUCCUACUACCCUCCCUGGUGCCUGGGCUUCGGAAUCCUCAUGUCACGUGACGUGGUGCAGCAGCUCUACCUCGCCUCCCGUGACGUUCGUGCCUUCUGGAUUGAUGACGUCUACGUGACAGGGUUCCUGGCGAUGAAAGCUGGAGUGCAGGUCACAGCUUUAGGUGGAAACCACACAGCGCAAUUGGGUGGAAAAUUCAAGGCCGACAGCGUUAACGCCAUGUUCACUUUGGCUGACUUUUUUAAGAUCAACACUACGGCUUUCAGAUAUUGGGAGCAACUCGUGACGUCACAGACACUGUAA